GCUUCCGGUUUUACCCUAUCGCGUAAACAGCCGCCAUAUCACUCUACGCUUAUAAUGGCCAAACCGAAAGUAUUUUUCGACAUUACAAUUGGAGAUGAUAAGGUUGGACGAAUUGUCAUGGAGUUAAGACCAGACGUUGUUCCCAUAACAAGUGAAAACUUCAGAGCACUUUGUACAGGUGAAAAGGGAACAGGAAAGAGUGGAAAGCCAUUACAUUUCAAAGGCUCAUCAUUUCACCGUGUCAUCCCAGGGUUCAUGUGCCAAGGAGGGGACUUUACCAGAGCAAAUGGGACCGGAGGGGAAAGUAUCUACGGAAAGGAGUUUGAAGACGAAAACUUCGAGCUGAAGCAUACUGGACCGGGUAUUUUGUCGAUGGCAAAUAGAGGCCCAAAUACGAACGGCUCGCAAUUUUUCCUGAGCACUGUGAAAAAAGAAGAUCUGGAUGAAAAGCAUGUGGUAUUCGGCAGUGUCGUAGAUGGGCUAGAGGUUUUGACGGAAAUAGAGAAAGUUGGCUCAGACAUUGGAAAAACAAGUAAACCUGUUGUGAUUUCUGACUGUGGGGUCAUUUAAAGUCUGCAAUGUAACAUUCAGUAUUGCUUUAGUGUCACCCUGAGAAACUGUGCUUAUACAGGAAACAUUGGAUGAAAAGAAACACCUAGGACAGAAAGUUCUAUCAUAGUUAUUCUCUUCGCUUUGUGCUUAAAGAUAUUGUAUUUUCAAUGUUGUGAGGAAAAUAAAAGGAAAUGGAUCCGACACUGGGAAAACAAAAGAAGCGAUUCAGAUUGAUAAUUGUGGCCAGCUUUAAAUACUAAUGAAUUAGGGCCAGAUUUAACCCGAGAACUGACUUUAAAAUCCGCAAUGUAUACAGUAAAUAACACUAUUUAAUAUUACUUAUAUGUAUUUAGGAAGCAUUGUGUGGCAGAGACUUUAAUAAAUUUUUUGAUUAAAUUACAACACGAUUCCUCUA